AUGGAGUUUGUUUUCAGGAAGAUGACGCUUCAGUGGUUUGUUGUGGCAUUAAUUCUGUAUGUGGAAAUAGCGGUCAUACUGUUGCUCCUUCUUCCCUGGAUUCGUCCUACACUGUGGAGUAAGCUGUUCAAGAGUCGAUUGGUGAAGGCCUUCGAACGGUAUGCCAAUGUAUACUUCAUCUCGGCUCUCUGCAUUCUUCUGUUACUUUUCGCAGAUGCCAUAAGAGAAGUGCGCAAAUAUGCAGCUGAGGUAGCUAUGGAGGCAUCAAUCCGUCAUACCGCUGAUUCAGAAAAUGUCAUUCACAUGCGUCUUUUCCGUGCCCAGCGCAACCUUUAUAUAUCCGGAUUUGCGCUCCUUCUUUUCCUAGUCAUAAAACGCAUUGUUGCACUUCUUUCACGCGGGGCGCAGCUGGAAGCGGCUGCAGAAGCCGCGAUGAAACAAGCUGAGAGCGCCACUAAAACAGCGAAGGCAUAUAUGGGCGGAGAGAGCGAAAGAGAGAAAGAACUUGAGAGACAGGUUGAGGAGCUUGGCAAAGAGCUGAAGUCGGCGCAAGUGGACCGAGAUGCAAUGAAGGAACAGGCUGAUGGGCUGCAGCGAGAAUACGAUCGUGUCUGUGAUUUGCUGAAAGCUGCUGAUGUAAGUGUUUGA